GCCAGAGGAGAGCAGUCGUGCUCCCAGUGGAAGAUGGCGGUGGGGAUGCUGUCUGGGGCUGGAGCACAGUGCUGGAUUUGCACUAAAAGCGAACCCUGUUGGAUAUAAAGGACACAAUGACCGUACUCCUGUAUCUUUUCCUCGACAUGUGGACUAUUUUUGGGCUUGUCUGAGUAGAGCCUGCUGCCUCUUUUUCUGGUUGAAAUACUGUCUCCUUGUCGGAGAUUCACAGACUACACAUACAGAGACAGGGUGGGAGUGAAAAGUGGACAAAAAUGUCGGAUACAAAGGUAAAAGUUGCAGUGAGAGUUCGGCCCAUGAACCGCAGGGAAAUUGAACUGAAUACAAAAUGUGUCGUGGAUAUGGAGGACAACCAAACAGUCCUACACCCACCACCUUCAAAUGCAAAAGGAGAGAACAGCAGGAAACAAUCUAAGGUGUUUGCUUUUGACCACUGUUUCUGGUCCAUAGAUGAGUCCAACGUUCCCAAAUAUGCUGGUCAAGAGGUGGUGUUCAAGUGCCUUGGAGAGGGAAUACUUGAAAAUGCAUUCCAGGGAUAUAAUGCCUGCAUAUUUGCCUAUGGACAAACAGGUUCAGGCAAGUCCUUUUCCAUGAUGGGGAACGGGGAGCAGCCGGGUUUAAUCCCUCGACUCUGCUGCUCGCUGUUCGAGAGGGUCCACAGGGAGGAGAACGAGUCUCAUACUUUCAAAGUGGAAGUGUCCUUCAUGGAGAUCUACAACGAGAAGGUCCGUGACCUGCUGGAUCCCAAAGGGAGUCGACAGUCCUUAAAAGUCCGUGAACACAAAGUGUUGGGUCCAUAUGUGGAUGGUUUGUCUCAGCUGGCUGUGACCAGCUUUGAGGACAUCGAAGUGUUAAUGUCGGAGGGGAACAAGUCUCGCACAGUCGCAGCCACCAACAUGAACGAGGAGAGCAGUCGAUCACACGCCGUCUUCAGUAUCAUCGUCACACAAACGCUUUAUGAUCUACGGUCUGGGAACUCAGGGGAGAAGGUGAGCAAGAUGAGUCUGGUUGACCUGGCAGGCAGCGAGCGAGUUUCCAAGACUGGAGCUGCUGGAGAGAGACUCAAAGAAGGCAGCAAUAUUAAUAAAUCUCUCACCACAUUGGGCUGCGUGAUUUCUGCUCUGGCUGAUCAGUCUGCAGGAAAGGGGAAGGCCAAGUUUGUGCCGUACAGAGACUCAGUCCUCACCUGGCUACUGAAGGACAACCUUGGCGGGAAUAGCAAGACAGCCAUGAUAGCUACAGUGAGUCCAGCGGCUGAUAAUUAUGAAGAGACUUUGUCCACACUCCGAUAUGCAGACAGGGCCAAAAGAAUCGUAAACCACGCCGUGGUGAAUGAGGAUCCCAAUGCCCGGAUCAUCAGAGAGCUCAGGGAGGAGGUGGAGAAGCUUAAAGUUCAGCUCUCUCAGGCUGAGUCCUUGAAGGCUCCUGAACUGAAGGAGAAACUGCACGAGUCUGAAAAACUCAUUCAGGAGAUGACCGUCACCUGGGAGGAGAAGUUGAGGAAGACAGAGGAGAUUGCCACUGAACGUCAGAAGCAGCUGGAGAGUAUGGGCAUCUCUCUGGAAACAUCAGGGAUUAAAGUGGGAGAAGACAAGUGUUUCCUGGUUAAUCUGAAUGCUGAUCCUGCCCUCAACGAGCUGCUGGUCUACUACCUGAAGGAGCACACACGUGUAGGCGCCGACACCUCUCAGGACAUCCAGUUGUUUGGGAUCGGUAUCCAGCCAGAGCACUGCGUCCUGGAGCUCUGCCCGGAUGGUGACGUCACCCUCAUGCCCGUAGGGAAUGCCAGGACCUGUGUGAACGGGACAAUGAUUGAUUCCUUGUCACACCUGUGGCACGGAGAUCGAAUCUUAUGGGGCAACAACCACUUCUUCAGGAUUAAUCUACCUAACCGAAAGCGGCGGGACCGUUUAAAGGAGCUGGAGAGAGCCUCUCCCAGAGAGAGCUUCAUCGAGGCGGACGUGGAGACAGCCAGCGAGGCCUCAUCUGAACAGGACUACAGCUACGAGUUUGCUCAGAUGGAGGUCAUGAUGAAAACUCUGGGGAACAAUGACCCAAUGCAGAACGUGGUCCAGGUGCUGGAGAAGCAGUACUUGGAGGAGAAGCGGACAGCUCUGGAGGAGCAGAGGAUGAUGUAUGAACGCGAGCUGGAGUCGCUACGACAACAGCUGUCUCCAGAGAAGACGCCACAACACCACCGCAGCAGCAGCGAGCGCCUUACGUUCCCAACGCACAUGCCACAUGGCAAGCUGCGGCUGUGGACGGAGGAGAGGGAUGAGCUCUUCCGUCAAAGCCUUUCUCGACUCAAGGAGCAGGUUGUGAAAGCAAACACCUUGGUGCGAGAGUCCAACUUUCUGGCAGAGGAGAUGAGCAAACUCACAGACUAUCAGGUCACCCUUCAGAUUCCAGCAGCCAACCUCAGCGCUAACCGCAAGCGCGGAGUGAUAGUGAGUGAGCCGGCUAUUCAGGUGCGGAGAAAAGGGAAGGGGACCCAGGUGUGGACUAUUGAGAAGCUGGAGAACAAGCUGGUGGAUAUGAGAGACCACUAUAGAGACUGGAGGGAAGGUGCAGAUGAGACGAAUAACAAGGCAAACAGUCAUUACUGUGACCCGUUCUAUGAGGCGCAAGAGAACCACAAUCUCAUAGGAGUAGCCAACAUUUUUCUGGAGUGCCUUUUCCAUGAUGUCAAACUGCAAUACGCUGUCCCCAUCAUCAGCCAACAGGGAGAGGUAGCAGGGAGGUUGCACAUUGAGCUGAUGCGAGUCAGUGGAGCCGUUCCAGAGCGCCUGUGCGGAGGAGAUGACUCAUCGGAGAACUCCAGUGAGAGUAGCUGCUAUGAAGUGAUGGACACUAAUGGCGAGAUCGUCCACAUGGCCAAGAGGCUAACCUGCAGGGUGCGGAUCAGGGAGGCCACAGGUCUGCCACUCAACCUGUCCAACUUUGUUUUCUGUCAGUACACCUUCUGGGAGCACGGUGAGCCCACUGUGGCUCCUCCUAUGGUCAGCCCAGAUAGACCCUCCCCUCGAAGUCCAGAUGCUCAGUUUACUGUGCAGUUUGAUCAUUGCAAAGACUACGUUGUGCAUGUGUCGGAUGAGUUUUUGGAGUUCAUAUCAGAUGGAGCAUUGGCCAUAGAGGUCUGGGGUCACCGCUGUGCUGGAAACGGACGUUCGCUCUGGGAGUUGGACGCGCUGGAGGCAAAAACCCAGACUCUCCGAGACCGGUGGAGUGAGGUGUCUCGCAGGAUUGAGCUGUGGACCUCCAUCCAGGAGCUGAAUGAGCAGGGAGAGUACUCGUCUGUGGAGCUUCAUCCUGGGAAAGACAUCAGCACAGGAGGAGUCUUCCAACUCCGACAGGGUCACUCCAGGAGGCUGCAGGUGUGUGUGAAGCCAGUCCAAAACUCAGGCACGCUGCCUCUGCUGGUGGAGGCGGUCCUGUCUGUCUCUAUCGGCUGUGUGUCUGCCCGCUCUACCAAACUACAGAGACCGCUCGACAGCUACCAGAGGGAGGUUGACGAAGAUAUGGAUAGUUAUCAGGAAGAAGAUCUAAACUGUGUUAGAGAGCGCUGGUCGGAGGCUCUCAUCAAGCGUCGGGAGUACCUGGAUGAACAAAUAAAGAAGAUCAUCAACAAACGUGAGAAGUCAGAGGAGGAUAUUGAGCGUGAGGCUCGACUGGUGGAGCAGUGGGUCGGCCUGACUGAAGAAAGAAAUGCAGUGUUGGUUCCUGCGCCUGGCAGUUGCAUCCCUGGAGCUCCUGCAGACUGGAUCCCUCCCGCAGGAAUGGAAGCUCACAUCCCCGUCCUCUUCCUGGAUUUAAACGCGGAUAAUCUGACAGUGAAUGAGCAGCUGACCGGCCCACAUGCUGCAGGCGUUAACUCCAUCGUGCCAAAGGAGCAUGGCAGCCAGUUCUUCUAUCUGCCCAUCAUCAGACACAGUGAUGAGGAGCUGUCCGCUGCGUGCUCCUGGGACUCAUCCAUCCACGAUUCAGUGCACCUCAACCGCAUCACGUCUCCCAAUGAACGCAUUUACUUGAUCAUCAAAGCCACAGUGCAGCUCAGCCACCCGGCCUCCAUGGAGCUUGUGCUCCGUAAGAGGAUCGCCGUCAACAUCUACAACAAGCAGAGCUUCACUCAGAGUCUCAAGAGGAGAAUGUCCUUAAAGAACUCGCUUUACUCCUGUGGUGUGACUUAUGAGAUCGUUUCAAACAUACCAAAGGCUUCAGAGGAGCCAGAAGAAAGGGAAACCUUGGCCCUCAUGGCUGCUCGCGGGGACAGCGAGGAGACUAAGGAUGGAGAAACAUACAUAGAGAAAUACACACGGGGGGUUCUGGAGGUGGAGAACAUCCUCAGUCUGGAGAGGCUACGUCAGGCUGUGACCGUGAAAGAAGCGCUCGCUGCCAAGGGUAGACACCUAAGAAGGAGUAUCAGCACACCAAAUGUACAGCAUUCCUCAUGUAGUAAAACAGAUCUGACCGGCUGUGAGGAUGAGGAGUAUAAGGACCACUGUGAUCAUGGGGACAGCACCAACUGCAAUCCUCCCGAGGGCUCACUUUGCAACACACCCAUAAAAAGCAAAGAGAAUCCAGGUUUGGUUCCUGAGAGUCCAACUUUUUUCAACUCCAGCCCCUUUAAAGUCCUCUCCCCUCAGCCACCUAAGUUCCUCAAGUCUCUGCUGCCUGUCAAAGAGGAGAACAAGGCAAAGAAAGCCCUGGAGGCCCGGCCACUGCUGGGACAAGAGAGCAUGCGCUCAUGUGUGGACAGCCCUGCACUGCUCCCCCCUCCCUGCUCCUGGCACCGGCCCAGGGCAGGCAGCGAGGGCCACUGCAAGCCUUCCACCUCCACCCUCACCUCCACCUCCACUCCCACCAGCAGACAGCUCAGCCACACACUGCCACACUCUGCUCAGGACUCUGAGGACGAGGAGACAGACUUGGACAUGGCUUUGAAUCUGGAUCAUAGUAGCCGGGACCACAGCAGCUUCCAGCCUUACGUCCCAGAGGACUUUGCAAACUUUGAGAUCUACAACGCCACUUUGGAAACCCAGGAUGGCUUUCUGUCCUCCCGCUCUGACUCCAAAGGAAGCCGGUGUGGAGGAGGUGGGAGUGGAGAGAGGGAGGUGCCUCGAAGUCCCACAGCCAGCAGCUGCACCAGUGGCUAUUUUUCACACAGUGCCUCCAAUGCCACGCUGUCUGACAUGCCCUUCAGUGCCAGCGAGAGCUCUGACCACCUCAGCUGCAGCUCCAGAGACACCCAGGAACCCCUCGGCUGUCCUGCUGGAAGAGGCUGCACCCCAACCAAAAGUGUUUCUGCUGGGACUGACACCCAGCAGCCUCCUCUCUCAGCAGGUGCAGUAGUUCAGGAUCCUCUUAACCAACCUGCCUCCUCGCCUGUCAGUAUUCCUCACUGCAUAGACAAGCUGCAGACAUUUCCUUUGCCUCACAACUGUGUUCUCAGUGCCAGCCAGGAGUUCACUGACUUUAAAGGGGCAGACGACAGUAUUGAAGAGGGGGAAUUAGCACAUUUCACGGGGGGGUGGAAGCAGGAAGGUUUGGAGUUCUCCACAAACCAGCAGAAGGAACCAGAUAAUGGGGAAACAUGUGACACUAGCAAUGAAAAGACCUCUGACAUAUCUGCUAUUAUGCACACAUCUGCUCCUGCAAACACUUCAAACUCUAUAUUACAAUGUCCAAAUAUUACAGACUCACUCAGUGUAGCUGUGUCCAACAACACUACCACAGUAUCUGUGCCUGACAAAGUCCAAGCUAUAUCUCCAGCUUCAUCAUCCCCACCCACACUGUUAUCAACGGCCCCCUCCUCUGCCCUGAUCACACGAGCAGGAGGAGAACCUCUAAUCCAGGAGCCGGCUCAAGGAGAUUUGCCUCACGGGAGUCCCUGUCCCAGCCCAAACCCCAGCAGCGCAGAGCCCUCAGGUGAUUCCAGCGGAGAUGAGAGCACCCCCGUGGCUCAGCUCCCUGACUGGAUGGCGCCUGGAGAGUCGGUGUGGGUGGGGAAGAGGAGAGGAACUGUCCACUAUGUCGGAGGGGUGGAGUUUGCCAAGGGGAUCUGGAUUGGUGUGAAGCUGGACAUGGCAGUGGGGAAGCACAACGGGACUGUCCAGGGCAGAGUUUAUUUCCGCUGUCCCCCAGGCCAUGGUGUGUUUGUGAAGCCAUCCCGCCUGACCAGAGGACCGCCCAACAUGGACACAGAACCCCAGACUCUGAUCAGAUAGGACCCAAAGAUGGACCAGUUUUUCUUUGGAAUAGCAGGGACCACAGGGAGGGGGGGUCCUCACACGUAGUGCCUAAAACCACAGGCUGACUUAAGUGUGGCUCCUCUCCUUUGAUCCCUUCGACCACUCGAGUCUCUGAGCUGAUGUAUUCUGUAGCCGUCUCUGCUUUCCUAAAGCAUAUCUGACUCGAGCAUUUAAUGAAGGUAUACCCGAUUUACUGUCCACUGAAAAUUCACUAUGCACAUAUCUGGGUUUUCUACAUGGUGAUAUUUUUGAUAGAAAACUUUUAACUGAGAGUCCAUAUGGAAAUAUUACUCACAUACAUUUUCUUACAUUGGUUUCUGAACAUUACAUGUAAUAUUUUUGUAAGACAAUGCUUCCUCCCCUGCGGCUCAUAGUGGAGAAAUCUGGGAUAUGAAGAAGAAGAAUGUACUACUGUUAAUUAACAUUGAUAUUUACAUCAAUAUGUUAUGUCAGGGGUAACCAAAGAACUACGGUUCCAUAUCUGCUGUUAUGAGUAAUAUGUUAUUUUUCUAAUGUAUGUAUGUGGAGAUAAAUAUUCUAAAAACAUCUGUGUAAAAGUAAAGCUUAGUGCCAUAUCUCUAGGUGUAAUGCCACAUACCCUGAACAGAGGACAAAUCUGCAAGAACCCUGAGCUGUUUCAGCGUUUGACUGCAGUAAUGAUGUUAAAUUAUCCUGUUGAAGUACUGUAACACUGUGGAGGAAAUAAUCCCCAUCCAGCAUGAGACUGUUGCUGUUUGGAAGCUUGCACUGGAAAGGUUUUUGAGGGUUCAACAACUGUCUUCCAUAUCGGACUGAUGAAAUAUAUUCUGACUGAAAAAAACAUGAAUCAUCACUUUAACCUGGGGAACCAGUCCAAGGCCUGGAUAUACUGAUGCCUUAAUGUCCUGUUUCUUUACAAGCAGACACAUACACCCCAAGCUACCAACUCAACUCCAUAACAACUUAACUGAGUGUCAGACUAAAUUUCUGGACUUGAAACCUGUGUAUGUAUGUCAUGAUACCCAGAAGCAUUCAAAAAGCCACUCAGCCAUCCACUGACUCAUACACCACCUUUCAUUUCAUUGCAAUUUGCAAGUCAACGGACUGAUAUAUGACACUACACGUUACAAGGUACUCAAUAAUGCAUUUUUUUUCACAUGGAGGAUUGGAUGCUUGGGUAAUGGACAGUAUCAGGUUACAGAAGACGGUGCACAAGUAGUUUAGCGGUGAUAAAGAGAUGAACUUGUGAUGGAAGUGGUGAACUGUGGAACUGUGGAACUGACUAGAAGUAGUCGUAUAUCCGAGCUGUAAUGUCAAGUAAAUGAAACAAACCCAAGACCUUACUUUAAAGAGAAGAACAAAGCUGCUCUCCCUCAUAAGGAGCUGUAAAUAGAAAUGUAUUUGAAUAUAGUAUUUACACUAUUAUAAUGUACAGAAUUGUAUUUAUAUUGUAUCUCAAACUGUUUUAAUUGGUACAAAAUGUUCUAGAAUAGAACAUUUACAAUCAG